CAUCUGGACGUUUGUUUUGGCUGAUAAAAUGCCGGCACAGUCUUGUUUGGCUAUCGUCGUGCGAGUUUAUUCUGCUGCCAAGAGGGGUUCUCUGUCUCCGCCUGCGAGGCGAGCAUGUGAACUCGUAACGCAACGUGCAUUGUCGGCCUGCAUGCAGUGAUGUAAGCAGAAGACAACGGAGCGAGGUUGUUGCACAGAGGAGCCAACUUGCUUCACAACAGCAGUCAGUAGCCGAGUACGUGUCGUAAUUGUAGGGCCUCUCCAGUGAGACAGUGUUCUUUUCGCCCCCUUGCGUAUUUUCCUCGUCGUUGACUCGCAUACAAAUGGACCGGAAACUGGAACUCAUGCCUACUUGAUAAUGUGAAGCAUUUCCGCGUAAACUUGAUCUUGAACAUCGUCGUCCGGUAUGUGAGUGUGUGUGCAUGCCAGCUAAUCGAAUGAAAGUGGGGGGAAUUUAGCGAUGAAAGCGGAGGAGACGGGAUAGUUGCAGGUUUGGGCGCGAGAUACGUUGGGGGUGUUUUUGGUGUAUCGCCGUACACACACGCACGCGACAUGUUGUGCCGGCUGGUUGGUCAUCAUAUUCCAACGGAUACACUGGUAUAAAUCGACUAGACAUCGUCAGGGCUGAAGGGCCGUUUGAGUUCUGUCGGCUGGCAUUACAUGCGUUUCUGGCUCGACAACAUUCUUUGACCGGGGCCCGCCCGAAGGCCAAAAAUUGGCCCCAAUGAAAGUUGGCAGGGGGCUGAUUGGAGAGUUAUUGCUGGGCUCUAGCGGCGCUGCAGCAAGCAUCACGAUGGCCACUUUGCGGGACCUGCAGUUCGCGUUGCAGGAGAAAAUCGAAGAGUUGCGUCAGAGGGACGAUCUCAUCGACGAGUUGGAGCUGGAACUGGACGAGAAAGAUUCCCUCAUUCAGCGGCUCCACAAUGAACUCGACAAGUACCGCUCGGUUCUCAGGCCGGUCACAAAACAGGCCAUGCAGAGGACUCGGCAAAAAAGGCUUGGUAUCUCCGCAGAGAGUGCCCACGAAAUUCAGGAAACCGCCAUGGGAAAUCUCAAGUGUUACAGGAAACCGCAACAAGCGAGAGACUGCAUCAAGGCGGCCAUCCUGGACAACGACUUCAUGAAGAAUCUGGAACUUUCGCAGAUCCAGGAGAUUGUGGAUUGCAUGUACCCGGUGGAAUAUAGCAGAGACAGCUGCAUCAUCAAGGAGGGAGACGUGGGCUCGCUCGUUUACGUCUUGGAAGAUGGCAAGGUGGAGGUGACGAAAGAUGGGAAGUUCCUAACUACCAUGGGCAAAUGCAAGGUAUUCGGAGAGCUAGCUAUCCUCUACAAUUGUACAAGGACAGCAACAGUUAAAGCUCUGACAAAUACCAAGCUAUGGGCAAUAGACCGACCAUGCUUCCAGGCAAUCAUGAUGAAGACCAGUCUGGUCAGGCAAGCAGAUAUCGUAGAACUGCUACACAAAGUCGCAAUAUUCCAGCAUUUUCCAGAGGAGACACUCAACAAAAUAGCAGAUGUUGUAGAAGAGACCUAUUACGAUGAUGGGGACUACAUUGUCAGGCAGGGUGCUGUUGGAGAUACAAUGUACAUCAUCCAGAAGGGAAAGUGCCAUGUGACACAACGACCAGGGUCAGGUGGUAGUCCACGGCUAACCAACACAUUAAAGAAGGGAGACUACUUUGGUGAAGGAUCGUUAGAUGGGCGAGAUGAGAAGAGGGACGCCAAUGUGAUAGCUGCCGAAAAGGACGGCGUCGUCUGCCUGACCCUGGACAGAGACUCUUUCUUGCAAGUCACCGGGGGCCCAGACUCCUUCAUCUCCAAGAACAUUGAAGACAGCAAAAACAAGAAGGUCGAUUCCGAGUUUGCUGACAUCCGACUACAAGACAUCGGGGUCAUAGCCACGUUGGGUGUAGGUGGUUUCGGCCGAGUAGAGCUGGUUCGAGUCAACGGGAGAAAUCAGACCUACGCCCUGAAGCAGCUGAAAAAGAAGCACAUUGUGGAGACACGGCAGCAGGAGCACAUCAUGUCAGAGAAGAAGAUCAUGAUGGAGGCCCGCUGCAAUUUCAUCGUCAGAUUAUACCGUACAUUUGGCGAUAGCAAGUACCUCUAUAUGCUGUUGGAGGCGUGUCUAGGAGGGGAACUGUGGACCAUCCUUAGGGACAAGGGCUCAUUUGAUGACAGUACUACAAGGUUCUACACAGCUUGUGUGAUAGAAGCGUUAUCUUACCUUCACAAUAAAGGCAUUGUGUACCGAGAUCUGAAACCAGAGAACAUCCUACUCGACAGCCAGGGCUACGGCAAAUUGGUUGAUUUUGGUUUUGCAAAGAAGAUCAAUCUUGGCCGCAAGACAUGGACGUUUUGCGGCACCCCCGAAUACGUCGCACCUGAAAUCAUUUUGAACAAAGGCCAUGACUUCUCGGCUGACUACUGGUCACUAGGAAUCCUCAUGUUUGAGCUCUUGACAGGAAGCCCACCAUUCACAGGCUCGGAUCCCAUGAAGACAUACAACAUCAUCCUGAAGGGUAUGGACAUGAUCGAAUUCCCACGCAAGAUCACCCGCAACGCUGCCAACAUGAUCAAGAAGCUCUGUCGAGACAACCCCACGGAGCGACUUGGCUACCAGAAGAACGGGCUCAAAGACAUCCAGAAGCACAAGUGGUUUGACGGCUUCAACUGGGAGGGGCUCAAGAAGAGGACCCUGACUCCGCCCAUUGUACCCCAUGUGAGGUCCAACUCGGACACGUCAAACUUUGACGAUUAUCCACCAGACACGGAUCCUGCACCCCCGGAUGACAUGUCUGGCUGGGACAAAGACUUUUAACAAAACUCAUGCAAUGUGCCUGAUGGCAAUGCAGCCACGCACUCGUUGAACCAAGAACUAUGAAAAAAAAUGAAUAAGCAAUCUGUGUAUAAUGAAGGGCCGUUAUUCAGCUUUCCAGAGUUAGAGAUUGUGGCUCUGCUUGGUUUCUCCUGCUGCGAAUCCAACCUGAGUAGUAGGACCUCGUCAGGAGUCUGAUUUUGUAGGACACAGGCAUGGUCAUCUGGACGAUAUGUUCUAGCACACCAUGGAGGAGUCUAGACUCCAACCUCGACCGAUGGGUCUCCAUGUGCUGUGUGGAAGUUGCUAGCGAGCGGAGACCCAGAACGUAAACCACAAUAUGCAUUCGGAUCCCUUCCGCCAAAGAACAUCACCUGUGGCAUUGGUGUUCAGUUGUCUCACCAAACUCUCUCCCCGUCCCAGGAACUGCCUGCCGAAAAAUGUUUGCAAAAUGAGAGCUUUGUAUCUCCAUUUUAGAGGAGGACUUCUUUGCUGGUGAGGCAAAGUAUUGCCGGCCGAUUCAGCCAUGUUCUCCGCUUUCUUUGUCCGUCUGCACACCAUUGCGAUGCAUGUUUCAAUCAACAAAGGCUGUGGGUAGCACUGUCGAUCAGCAUGUUUAGUGUAAUGGAGGAAGUGAUUUCUGGUUUUUAAUAUCUCAGAUUUCAGUGGAAUGAUUCAAUCACAGGCAAGAGCGUCGGAAUCCGCUCGCGUCACAGAGUUGUGGUGCUGGGGUACAGUGCACAGAAUUUUUUACAGGCAGUCCUGCAACUCACCGUCAUACCAAGAAUUAUUAACCGGACAGCAGGCUUGGGGAACUAGACUAGUUGGGCAUAAGGUUAAUACUGUAGUGCUCUCUCAAACUGAAAUUACUUGGAGAAAUAACUUACCAGAAGACAAAAUAGCAAAAUAUGUCCGUAUGCCAUUGACCAGUUUCAGUCCUGGGAGAACUGUAUACAAAAGUGAAAUGUAACGUUUAUUUAGUAGUAGAAAGUACAUAUCUAUGCAUCUUCAUAAACUCUCCGUCAGAAAAAAGGUACAAAUGUCCGUUGCAUGCUUACAGGUGGAAAUGCUUAACUUUUUAUACAUCAAAAGGCAACUUUGUGUUACAGCGUCCAACUUCAUGUGAUUGAGCUUGUAAAUAGAUUGUUUAAUGGACAAACACUCGAGGAUAAAUGUUAUCAUUACUGAAAAAUGCGUUGAAGAAGAAAGCAACUGGUAAGUUUCAUGAAGCUGUGGACAAAGUUGCAGCUGUUUUCAACAAAUAAUUCAAGUGCAUAGAACACAAAGUCUCCCAGAAAGGGGUCAUAGUGUAACUUGAGAAGCAUAGAGUUGGUCAGUCACAAGGUGUCGGUGUAAAGGUCAGUUCCUACUCGGCACAAAAGCAUAACGAUUGCAAACUUGUGACGCCAGAACUGCAAAUUUGCAAAAGCUGAACACAUUUCAAGUCCAGUGAAUUUCGCUGCAAAUGUUUUGUGACGUCAACUUUGCUUCACUUUGACAUUCGUAUGAACCGGCAGUAAAGCCGUUUUUAAAAAAAAUCAUGUAACGACAAGAUUUUUUAUUUACUCAAAACAAGCUGGUUUCUUACAAUCAACCGAAGAACUUGUAUUUCUUUACUGAAUUCAUGACAAUAUUGUGCUUCCGGUAGCAUUAGUGCGUACAUGUCGGUAAUUUUAGUGAUUGUUUAUGGCCAUACAUAACCUACACGUCCCGGUGAAUGUACGUAUAAUUGGUGAAUAAGGAGAAGAUAAACUGUGCACAAUAAUACAUUGUGGGAAAUAUUUUCCUGGGACUUUCGUUUUUGAGUUAGGCAAGAUUUUUUUUUUUAUUUUAGUCCACUGGUGGUAUUGAAGGAUGGAAACAUUAAAAAAAAAAAGGACGGGAAUAAAAAUUUGCCGUUCCUUUCUCGAAGACGGAAGAUAAAUGAGGUAAUAGAAAUGUAUACUGUAUUCCGUGAAUCUCUCGUGUUCCUGUUUUAUUACAGCUGGUGCAAAUCGGGAUUCUGCACUGUGAUGUGAUACGAUGCUUGAAUUUUUUAAGAUUGUUUUUUUUAACUCAGCAUUUACCCUAAGAGAGAAUUCCAUCCCGGUCUAUUUGUUUUUCAAGUCUUGCUAGUUUUGUAAAACACUUUAUGUAUGUUUGCCUUUUCUCCCCCAAAACAUUCUCCAUUCAGCAACUCUCUGAAUUGUGCUUUCUUGUUUUUUUUUCAAGUCUACGCAAGUUAAAAAAUGCGAGCAAGUAAAUGAACUACCGCAAGAUUGAUUGUUCAUGUUCUUAUCUGUGUUAUGCUGCACAAUUGAUGGAAAACAAAUACAGACUCUGAACACAGAUCUUGUAACGAGGACUUUCUGCAACUCGUCUGUGUUCCGAGGAUUGCAAACUCACAAGACGUAGUGAACUUCUUUCUCGUCAGAAAUGCUGCUAUUUUAUUUUGCUCCCCUUUUGCUGUUGCCCGAGUUUGCUCGAUCACGUUUUAGGAACUGAUGUUCCCUGAUCAUUUUCUUAAUUUGGGACGUCAUUGAUGCCCGAAGAUGACGCAAACAAAGGAAAGGAGGGAGUUUCAAAAGGUAGACAUGUUGUUUCUUUUUUUUUUUACAUUCAUUUGUUUCAGGUUUGUAAAUUUUAUUGAAAAGGUCAAUCACGUGUUAGGGAAAUGUGUUAAGGCCUUGGUCUCAAACCAAAAAAAGAUCACAUCAGUACUAAGCAGGCAGCAUUAGAAUGGGUGGAAAUUACUUUUUAGUGAAUUAACUUGUAAAAAGACUUAGAUUUUGAAUUGUGUAGAUUUUUUCUUGUUAAAAUCAAAAGACUUUUGUUUGUUGUACCCAAACCUUAAUACUGUGUUAAAACAUUGAGCAGUGCUCAGAUGAUAGGCGGUAAUCUGGAAAUCUCAUCCUCAAAUGCGCACAGGUCCUGUCAACCAGUGUUUAGGACUGCUAAUCUAAUCAUUUGGGGUUUCGUGCAAAAACCAGUCUACCCCCCACCUGUCCUGACAAUAAACUUUUGGAUUUAUGACUUGUCAAAUCAUGCAAGGAAUUCAGCUUCAUUUUUCAAAAUGUGGAUUGAUGGCAAUUUUAUUGUUAUUUGAGGGAAAAAAGUAAGCAGGGGGAGGUAUUAGCUGGUUGAAAUGAAUUACUUGGAAAGGCUUGGCGGUCAGUUGUGUAAUUACAAUUGUAUAUAGUUUGAGGUAACAUUGUAAAGUUGUGCGUAGGUUUUUUGCUUUGUUCACUGUUAUUUUCAUUUUGUUUAUAUCACUAUGUACUUUAGAUUUGUGCCAAUGUUUUUUCUUUCUUUGUUUAAUAUCCAGACAGUGCCUCUAACUUUAUAAUUCUUGUUUAGCAUUGAUCUUUUUUUUCGGUGAUAUUGUGGCAGAUUUGACUGCUGUGGGUUACAUUUGCCGCAGUUUUUGAUGGAGAGGUUUUAUGUCAUGCAUGCUAUCAGCAAUUUUUCAACAAUUUAGCUUGAAUAUAUUUUUAAUUGUGAAUGAGGGCAGGGAUAGCUUCGGUGAGAUGGAGAACUCUGCACUGCAAACAGGAAAGACAUUUUGUGACCAAACUUGCCAAAACAUCGUUUUUGACUUUCUCUUUAAAAGUUACCACGGCCUAAUUGAUAACCUAGGCCUGGGCAUGAAAGAACUGGUGGGAAAUUGUCACGUUAUUGUUGCCCUGAAUAGUUUCGGCAGGGCUGUCACUUCUUUGUUGUCGUGUAAAUGCCAAGUCUCCAAAGCAUUAGAGGAGGAAUAUGCUCAGGAAACGGAAAUGUUGUGGAAAGAAAGAUGAGUGUCCAAAAAAACCCUCCAUUUUCUAAUCAGUCUUCAAGAAAACGUAAACCUCUUGUAAUGCCAUGGCAACCCUUUUAACAAACAACAUGAUUUUUCAAUAUUGUUCGUAUUGAUAUUUACCAGGUACUAAAGGUUUUUAGAUGUGCCAAAUUUGUUGUAACAUUGUUUUUAAGUUAUUUGCAGAUGUGUUUCAGGAGGGUUUUUUGAAUUGAUAACCGAGCAGGCAAGUUUUAACUGCUGUCAUUUUUAAAGAUUUGGAAAUAUUGACAGCCACCCCCCCCCAAAAGACUUUCAAUCUAUCUUGGAGUUGUGGUAGAAUGAUACAGGAGUCUGCACGACCUGUUUUCAUAUCUUGAUUUAGCCAUACAUGAAAGGGUGGGCCAUUAAGUUAUUCAUGUACCUUUCACAAGGCUCAACUUGCUAUGAAGAAGACACUGAAAACCGGAGUUGGAGAACUCCAAAUCUUUCAUUUCCAGUACUAGUAUCUAUACCAAAACCAGGUUCAUCAGGUUGUAAAUCAACUUUUUUUUAUCAUGGUGACCAGUCACAGAGGCGUGAUCGAAUACUAUUUCGAUCUUUAAAGUUCGUAAUAAUUUAUAACUAUUCAAUAAAAUUGGCAAGGCUGUCGUGGAAAGAUUAUUAUAUGCAGCUUCCCCACUGAACAGCUGGUAUAGCGCCCUCAUGCUACCCCGUUUUGCAAUCAUAAUGACAAUUGUAUUACGUUGCGUCCGACCACGGACGUUACAGUAUGCAGACACAUGUAGCCGUGGCUCGAGGCGCCCCUCUCGAAUGUGAGUUGUCGAUUGUGGUCUGUGCAAGGAUCAAGAAAACAUUAAGUUAUCGUGAAUUAAUUUCGAAUUCCUAAGAUCAAAUCAUGAACGUUAAAUCGUGAUAGUGAACCUUAAUGCUGUCGAUUCAUGGCAAACAAUGUGUCGGAAGAGGAAGUCAUUAAACAACUUCGUAAUACAUGUAUACUGAAUGUUAAUUACGACCUCACAUGGCGCUAUAACCAUUAGCGACUAUUUAUGUGUAAUUAAUUGUAGCUUUUUAUCUAAACAUCUUUUAUCGUGUGUAUCAAACACUUAAAAUUGGAUUCAAGAAUGCCAGCUGUGUUUUUAUAAAACCUAUGUUAUUUUUUGACUACGUAAAUACAGUACAGUUAUUCUAUAGCAUACCCAAUAAAUCAAAUAGCAUUCUUGAGUGAAAGACAA